GCGGGGCGGGGGGGCCGCCGCGAGGAGGCGGAGCUGCGAGCCCGCCGUGCGGGCUCCUCCCCGCACACCCCCGCCCGGCCGGCCUGCCUCCUCGGCCCUCCUCGGCCGCCGCGGCGGCUUCCGCCCUGACCGCGCUCCCGGAGGAAGCGGAAGGAGGCGCCGGGCAGCCAUGGAGGGGAACCGGGACGAGGCGGAGAAGUGUGUGGAGAUCGCCCGGGAGGCCCUGGACGCCGGCGACCGCGACAGGGCCCGGCGCUUCCUGCAGAAGGCCGAGAAGCUGUACCCGCUGCCCGCGGCCCGCGCCCUAUUGGAAAUAAUUAUGAAAAAUGGAAGCACAGCUGGAAAUAGCCCUCAUUGCCGAAAACCAUCAGGUAGUGCUGAUCAAAGCAAGCCUAAUUGCACAAAGGACAGCACGUCUGGUAGUGGUGACGGAAAAGGCUACACCAGAGAGCAAAUAGAUGGAGUUCUCAGCAUAAACAAAUGUAAAAAUUACUAUGAAGUACUUGGAGUUACCAAAGAUGCUGGUGAUGAAGAUUUGAAAAAAGCUUAUAGAAAGCUUGCUUUGAAGUUUCAUCCAGACAAAAACCAUGCACCUGGAGCAACAGAUGCUUUUAAAAAGAUUGGAAAUGCUUAUGCUAUUUUAAGCAAUCCAGAAAAACGAAAACAGUAUGACCUCACAGGCAAUGAAGAACAAGCGUGCAAUCCACAAAACAAUGGUAGAUUUAAUUUCCAUAGAGGUUGUGAAGCUGAUAUAACUCCAGAAGACUUGUUUAAUAUAUUUUUUGGUGGUGGAUUUCCUUCAGGUAGUGUACAUUCAUUUUCAAAUGGGCGAGCUGGUUAUAGCCAUCAACAUCAGCAUCGGCAUAGCGGACAUGAAAGAGAAGAAGAAAGAGGCGAUGGAGGCUUUUCUGUGUUUAUCCAGCUGAUGCCCAUUAUUGUAUUGAUUCUUGUGUCAUUAUUAAGCCAACUGAUGGUCACUAAUCCUCCUUAUUCCUUAUAUCCCAGAUCUGGAUCAGGGCAAACUAUUAAAAUGCAGACAGAAAACUUAGGUGUCGUUUAUUAUGUCAACAAGGACUUUAAAAAUGAAUAUAAAGGAAUGUUAUUACAAAAGGUAGAGAAGAGUGUGGAAGAAGAUUAUGUGACUAAUAUUCGAGAUAAUUGCUGGAAAGAAAGACAACAGAAAGUAGAUAUGCAAUAUGCAGCAAAAGUAUAUCGUGAUGAACGACUUCGAAGGAAGGCAGAUGCCUUGAGCAUGGACAACUGCAAAGAACUGGAGCGGCUGACCAGUAUUUAUAAAGGAGGAUGAACUGGAAUUUUAUUUAUAUCUUUUAACAUACUAUUUAUUUUUCCUGUGAGUUUAGUUUCAUCAUGAGAGCUAAAGAAAAAGAUUUGUUUUAAAAACUAAACUGAAUAGUUGGUCCCUGAAAUUUUGGACUGUUUAUGACCUACUGACUCCUUUAAAUAGUAAUAAACUGAAAACUAAAAUCAAUAUUUUAGUUAUGCUUCUGUAAUUAUUUUCACUUUAAAAGCUUUUAUGAUGACUAACAAAAAUGUCUCAAGAAAGGAUUAUCACACCUGUAGCAGUUUUCAGUUUUAGUGAUUCUCCAUUUUUCCCCUUAUGUAAAUAUUUAUGAAAUGAUCAUUUUGUGUACAUAUAAGUUAUUGCCUUUUUAUUUAAAUUCUUUGUGUUUAGCUCCAUGAGACACUUCAGUUUAAAUUGAUGGAAUAAAUGUUCUGUGACAAAAUUACAUGUUACUUGUCAGAUGUUGAAUGUGUAGAGUUUAAACACUGAAACUUUUUCAAAAAGAAAAGGAAAAACAAAAGAUGUUUAAAUUAAUUUUGUGUAAAAUCUUGUAGCAUUAUUAGCUAUUUUAAUAUUGCCAUUAUAUUCCAAAAUAUAUAUUGAGAUAAAUGAACUGGUGUAGAGUAUCAAGUUGCUGUUUAUUUAGUUUUAUGAAUUGCUAAGCCAUGCAUAGAAAUGAAAUGCUAUACUGAUAGAUUUUAAAGAAAUUAUGAGGAAAUGGCUAUAUAUUAAACAAAAUGGGUCUUCAACAGUAAAUUGCAUUAUGUCAUUUGCAAUUCCAAUUAUUAAAAUACCCCCAAAUGUUCAUAUACAGGGGAGGGCAAAAGUAGGUUUAUGGUUUUACUAUAAAUAAAUAAUACAUAAUUAAUGAAUAAUAACAUAAGAAUAAACUUUUGUGUACUCACAACUAUAAACCUACUUUUGCCCACCCCUGUAUAUGUCUUUGAAAGCUGCUAAACUUUAUGAAGAGAACCAACAUGUUUCCUCCACCCUCAUGGAAAUUUGCAGUUUCUUCUUAGUGAUAAUUUAAGCAGAAUCCAAAAGUAAAUGGAUUCUUCUACAAAUAAAUAAUAGGAAAAACUACUACUUUGCUUUGUGCCUUUUAACCUGAUUGCCAACUCUUAAAUACAUAAGUAGAUUACAGCACACUUAUUUGAUGAGGGCAUGAUCUGUUUGGCCACAUGCAACAGUGAGCAGAAAUAUAGCAGCAGAUAGAAUAAUGAUUUAUAGCAAGUUAUCCUUAUAAAAUUCUGAGCUAAAAUCUAUUCACCAUUGAGAAUUCAAUUAAUCCAUUAGGAAUAAGCUCCUUGUAGUUAAAUCCAUAAUAUAAAUUUGAGAAAUCAGAUGGAAAUUGAAGUUUUAUUACCUAUAUUGGGUAUGAAACUAGUUGAUUUCUAAUCUAUGUUUAACAUAGUAAUAAUUUUGCUUCAUUCUCAGUUAAUGGAACAUGAACACAUCUUUGGUAAUUUUUUUGUGUGUGAGAGAAUGCUAACUAAAGUGGCAGUAUUCCUUUGUUUAAAGAUUUUUUUUCUGAAUGUAGUCAAUUUAUAGCAUCUGUUAAAACUUUUAAAAUGAUCACUUUUUUUCUUUUUUUAAACAUAUUUUAUUGAUUUUUUACAGAGAGGAAGGGAGAGGGAUAGAAAGUUAGAAACAUCGAUGAGAGAGAAACAUCGAUCAGCUGCCUCCUGCACACUCCCUACUGGGGAUGUGCACGCAACCUAGGUACAUGCCCUUGACCGGAAUCGAACCUGGGACCUUUUAGUCCGCAGGCCGACGCUCUAUCCACUGAGCCAAACCGGUUAGGGCAAAAAAAUGACCAUUCUUUAAAAAAUGUUCUCUUGUAUCCCCUUUCCAGAUGAGUCAAUAGAAAUACCUGAUUGAAUUAGUUUAAACUAAACAGUAUAUUGUCCUAGGAAAGUUGGACAGCUUAACUUUCUUUUAGAAAUGCCACCUUUAAAAAAAAUAGCAGUACUUAAAAGAAAUACAAUUUCAAAUAUUUUCUUGAGCCUGUACAAUGAAUUUUUUUAAAAGGCCACAGCAUUCUACUUAACUUUGAAAAUUCAUAUGCAUCAGAAAACUUAUGGAGAUUUUCAUCCAUUUAUUUUUCCUUUUUAAAAAAAUACAUUUUAUUGAUUUUUUUACAGAGAGGAAGGGAAAGGAAUAAGAGAGUUAGAAACAAUCGAUGAGAGAGAAACAUCGAUCAGCUGCCUCUUGCACAACCCCUACUGGGGAUGUGCCAGCAACCAAGAUACAUGCCCUUGACCGGAAUCGAACCUGGGACCCUUCAGUCCGCAGGCCAACGCUCUAUCCACUGAGCCAAACCAGCUAGGCUAUUUUUCCAUUUUACUGGGAUAUUUACACGAUUGUGGUUGAUGCUUAUGUGACUAGACUCUCUUGCCUGAUUCUUUUUUUCCCUUAAUCCUGGCUUUAAGGAGGCAGAUAAAGUUAUGAAAAUAAAUGAAAUAUAUUAACAAGUCAUACAUGGCUUUUGGACAGUAUUACAUUUCAGUUUCUUUUCUACAUUCUAUUAUAUUUCAUAAAAUGUUCGGGGAAAUGUGUUUGAUAAAAUUUUGGAACCGUGGGAAAUGACUGAGUGCCUGACAGCAUAAGCUACAUAUAAAAUAUGCAAAUAAAGAGUAAGUCCUUAAUGUUACCUGUAUCAUGGUGUAAAGGCCCAGCCAAGUGUUAGAAUUUUUGGUUAAUUCUACAAAAUAAGAAGACGUUAGCUAUUUUAACACAUUGCUGACAGAUCAUGAGAAUUCUCGCUUCAUAUUACACAAUGUUUUACAAAGUAUCAUACUUUAAAAAGAUGUUAGCUUGUAAGAACAUGUAAUAACUUCAGAAUGCAAUGGGUAUUUAAUUUUAAAGCAUGCCUUUAACAUUUAUGUAAAACAUUUUUUGUACUCAUUCAAUAGGAACUUAUCUGGUCACUGGGUAAAGCUAGCAAUAAAACUACUGGUCCACAAUGUGUUAAGAUGUAAGAUUUUCAUAUUUUUUGCUACUUUUAAAAAUCCAACAUUUUGUCAUCUUAGUUUUACCUACAUGAGCCUUGCAAUUUCAUUUGAAAACUUGUACUGUUCAUUUUAAUCAUUGCCUAAUAGCCCUCUUUAAGUAUUGCUUUACUAGCUUUUCUUACUGGUAUUUUAGAAGUUUGGCAGCAAGUAUAUUUAUUAAUGAUUUACAUUUUUAUCCUUUACAACACACACAUAAACAUUAUCCUUGUGAGGAUGUGGGGGAAAGUAAAUAAUACCUUUUCUUCUACUUUUUUUUUUUUUAUUCCUUAGUGCUCAAUUAGACAGGUGCUAGACAUUUGUACGUUUCAGAAUUUAUUUUAAUGAAAUGAUAAUUCUCAACAAUGAGAAAUUUCAAAGUGUAAUCCAUCUAAUAAAUGAGAACAAUAAUUUUAGAAACAGAUUGCAUUUGAAUGCUUAAAUAAGUAGUUGUUUCAUAAUCAUUACAUGCUUACUUAAGAUUUACAAAGAUUUGGUAGAGAAAAGGUCCUUAAGGCAUAUGUAUGCCAAGGCAUUAAGCCAGUCUGCCUUUGUAUCAGCUCAGGUGUUCACAGGAACAGGAAUGUAAAAUUUCAGCCCUUUUCUUUAAUUGCACUUUUAUGCUUAAGUUUUCUUCCUGUUAACUCUCCAGUUACACUAGUAUGUAAAAUAGUUACCAAGAAAUAUGAUUAACAUCUUGAUUUCCUUUGUUGGUCUCCAUUAUUUUCAAGUGCAGCUGUUAUUUAAUACACUUGACAUGUUAAUAUUACCUAAUAAUGGAUUCCUACAUAUUCAUUAAAAGUAAAUUUCCCACUUGUGUUAAGGCAGUGAAAUAUUUUUUGAUGUCCUGAGGACCAAAUUAGCCAUUUUUUCCAGUUCAGUAAGUAUUAAGUCAGAGGACUAAGUGGUUCAAAAGGAAAAUUAGUGUGUUUAUUUAGCCCUCCCCAUAUGAAGCUUGGGUUUACUACUACCCAUAUAACUGUCUUUAUACUAAGUGAAGCAAACUAAAAUGGCAUUCAUAAUCUUUUUUCUUAUCAGAAUAGAAAAACUUCCAAAAAUGAACAAUGAACCAGAAUUUUCAUCUUUACUAAAUAGCUAAAAAGGCUUGUCUUUUGGCCACAAUGGAUUACUGCCUAGUUAAAAUCCAUAAAUUUUUCUAUAAACCAGUGAAGAGGAGUCAUCUGAUAACUUCCCAAAAUCUUUUAAUUGUAUUUUUUAAUUACAAAGAAAAAGUGGGUAGAAGAGGAUCUUCAAGGAAUUCUUGCAUAUUUCUUUAAUAAUCUGGGAAGCAAUACAGUCCUAGAAUUCAGGUUUCCUUUUUGGUUUUAUUACUAUUUAAAUAGGUACUUUCAUAUAAAUGGAGACAUUUUCCCUCAAACAUUAAUUCAAAACAUACUCCUUAUAUUAAGGAUUAUGUAACCACAUUUUUUUGUAAGUUCCCUGUAACUUUUUCCUGUGGUACGUGAUUAUUUAAUUUUAUUAUCUGCUGGUUUGGGGGCCAAUAGAUUUGUGAAUAGUCUGUGGAUGUGUCCAUGUAUAGUUGUAUAUAUUUUCCAGCUAAUACCUCAAAAUGUGUGAUUAUUUUAUACCACACUAUGUUUGCACAGAGCAGAGCUUCCAUUAGCCGUGGAUAUUCUUUGAAAGCAGUUCACAGAAUUUCAUUGGUGGGAAUUCUUUCAUUGGUGUAAUAUUUUUCAUAUUUUCAAGUUUCCUGUUGUAAGGCCCAUACUUCAAAUAUAAUUGUCUUCUCUAUCUAGCAAUCUGGAAAUAUGUAGGUGGUAAGAAGUGUUUCUUGGAAUGUCUUAGUAUGUUAUUGAAAAUUGGGAUUACUGGUUGCCAAGCUGUCUAGUAACUGCCUAACAGAUGUUGCCUGGCAUGAAUAUGAACGGGUCUCCGUCACUGCAGCACAGGAACCGGGACUUUCCCGUCUGAGAGUUGCCAUUUAAGAGCACUUCUAAAGUGAUAGGCAUCUCCCAGUGACAUUGGAGUAUUUUAAGCACCAAUUUCAAAAUGAAUUGUUUUAGUUGGAUAACUAUGCCAAUGAGAAGAAACUCACAGAUAAAUGAUAUUUUACAAUUUAUUUGUAUUAAGAAAUGCUUCCUACCUAUUUUUUUUUUUUCUGGAUUGCUACAUAAGACUUUCCAUUUAAGUUUAAGUCAUGUGUCUUUAAAAGCUGCAGGUAAUUUUCAAGGUGUGGUAGGAUUUUAAUGGAAGCCUUGUAUUAGUUAAAUGAAGUGAAACCGGUCAAGGAAAUCUUUGUCUAUAGUGCACUCAAGAUUAUACGAUUAGAUUUAAAUGAAAUGUCUGAUUUGUAAAAUAUUUAAUGUUAUAUCAGACUUAAAUUUUUUGUGAGAACUCUGUUCAAGAAUGAAUUUUAAUGAAUGUUCUGCUGAGUGAUUUGAUUUUUUUCUUUCAGUCUCUGAAGUUUAUCUCAGUAUAUGAAUAAAAAGGUCUGUUCUCACUCUA